AUGGCUGAUAAGGUGGUUCUGCCCCUCCUGCCGGUACGUAUCCUGGGGAGAUCCAAAAGACAAAAAAUCAAAUCUGGACUAGCGCCAGAGAAAAACAGGUGCUUCCCCUUCUCUGCAAGCUCUCGAAAAUCGAGACGCGUCUUCCUCCCAGCCAUCAGUCGAGAAACAGUUUCAAGGCGGGGUCAAACACGCAGUCCAAACACCUCACAAGGGUCCGUGUCUACCUCUAGGAAUCCACAGGGCAGGCGCGUCGGGUGUUCCCCAAAAAAUCAGGCCAAGCCAAAAAUCAAAUCGGACCUUGACCCAUGUCUCUCUCCCUGCUGCCCAAAAAAAAAUAAGCCUACCCAGAAAAUCAGAUCACUGAUCCUGAUUGGAUUGAUUCCACGCGCACCCAAAGCCGUGCAUGCCGCUCCCGCCUUGCCUUACUUAAAGCCCGCCCUCUUCCCCACGUUUUCACCUUCCCACCACUCAAUCCAUCACAACCUCUUUCUCCCACCCAACUUCACAACUUUUUGGUGUCGCGUCUUCAGCCUCACCAAUCUUCCCAAGACCUUUACCCACUUUCACAUCUUCACCAACACAACCCGUCAUCAUGACUGGACCGGCAAAGGCGGCAAGGGCCUCGGAAAGGGCGGUGCCAAGCGCCACAGAAAGAUUCUUCGCGACAACAUCCAGGGCAUCACCAAGCCCGCCAUCCGCCGUCUCGCCCGUCGUGGCGGUGUGAAGCGUAUCUCGGCCAUGAUCUACGAGGAGACCCGCGGCGUCCUCAAGUCCUUCCUCGAGGGCGUCAUCCGUGACGCCGUCACCUACACCGAGCACGCCAAGCGCAAGACCGUCACAUCCCUCGACGUUGUCUACGCCCUCAAGAGACAAGGCCGCACCCUCUACGGUUUCGGUGGUUAA